AUGGAUGAGGGUAUACCUUCUGGGCCAUGCUUCGAUGUGAAUUUCUAUGGUGGUUGUGUUUGUGUCGAUGAAAGAUGUCUCUUCAUUACCACAAACAAACACUACAUAACUACCAGAGCAUUGCCUCACCGCCACGUUUCAAAAACACUCUUUCACGCUUCCGCCGCCGAAUCCCAACUCCAAAAUCGUUUCUUUUCUUCCGAUAUGAUGAGGUCGGCGGCGAGGGUGCCCAAGCUGGGCUCCUUCCGUCACAGCUUCGCCGAGAAGAAGGAGAGGCUGCUUUCCAUGAAGGGUGGCGGUUACUCCCAAAUUGGGAUCGCGCUGCCUGAGUCCGACGAGGAGGACCACUGGCCGCGGAGGCGAUGCUGCUCCUACCGCGCUGUCUCCGACGGGAUCGUUGGCGCGUGGAAGAGCGCGAAGCGCGUGGCGGCGAGAGCGUGGGAGAUGGGGAUGUCUGAUCCCAGGAAGAUCAUAUUCUCCGCCAAAAUGGGACUCGCUCUUAUUCUCCUUUCGCUUCUGAUUUUCCUCAAAAAGCCGUUCGAGGACGUUAGUCGCUACUCCGUUUGGGCCAUUCUCACUGUCGUUGUUGUCUUCGAAUUCAGCAUAGGAGCAACUCUUAGCAAAGGGCUUAACAGAGGAUUGGGGACUUUGUUAGCUGGAGGACUAGCUUUGGGAAUGGGAAUUUUAUCACAAUUGGCUGGAAAAUGGGAAGAGCUCAUUAUAACUGUUAGCAUCUUCACUGUAGGAUUUUGUGCCACAUAUGCAAAACAAUAUCCAACAAUGAAGGCUUAUGAAUAUGGUUUCCGUGUGUUCUUGAUCACCUAUUGCUACAUUAUUGUAUCAGGGUAUCGAACAGGAGAGUUUGUUCAAACAGCUAUAAAUAGAUUUUUGCUGAUUGCACUCGGUGCUGCUGUUGCUCUGGGGAUAAAUGUAUGUAUAUAUCCAAUAUGGGCUGGUGAGGAUCUGCAUAAUCUUGUGGCAAAAAAUUUCGUGGGCGUUGCUGCAUCAUUGGAAGGUGUUGUAAAUAAUUAUCUUAAUUGUGUUGAAUAUGAGAGAGUGCCUUCGAAAAUUCUUACAUACCAAGCUGCCGAGGAUGUGGUUUACAAAGGCUACAGAUCAGCUGUUGAAUCUACAAGCACAGAAGAUUCAUUGAUGGGUUUUGCUGUAUGGGAGCCACCUCAUGGUAGAUACAAAAUGCUUAGAUAUCCAUGGCAAAAUUAUGUGAAAGUAAGUGGGGCUCUAAGGCAUUGUGCAUUUAUGGUCAUGGCUAUGCAUGGAUGUAUACUUUCUGAAAUACAGGCACCGCCAGAGAAGAGACAAGUCUUUAAAAGGGAGCUUCAGAAGGUAGGUUGUGAGGGGGCGAAAAUUCUAAGGGAACUUGGAAACAAAGUAAAAAAGAUGGAGAAACUAGGCGAUGAAGACAUUCUUUAUGAAGUACACGAGGCAGCAGAAGAAUUGCAGCAGAAGAUUGACAAAAAAUCCUUCCUCCUUGUAAAUUCAGAGAGCUGGGAAAUCGGAAACCGGCCAAGAGGGGAGGGUGAUCCUCAAGAUCUCUUGAACGUGGAUGAAGAAAGACACUUUUUGGAGUACAAGUCUCUGAGUGAAGCUGUGCUUGAUCUCAGAGCCGUCAAAGUUCCAAAAGGUUGGGGAGAACAAGCAACUCCUGACAACACACCUGCAGUGCCUGUGGGUGUUGGUGAUGAAAACAUGUUCAGAAAACAGAUAUCUUGGCCUGCUCAUAUUUCCUUCAAAGAAGAUGCAGUGUCAAAAGAGGAAGAAUCUAAAACCUAUGAAAGUGCUAGUUCUUUGUCUCUAGCAACUUUUACAUCCCUUCUGAUUGAGUUUGUGGCAAGGCUCCAAAACCUUGUGGAUUCUUUUGAAGAGUUAGGUGAGAAAGCAAAAUUUAAGGACCCUCUUGAGCAAGCACCACCAUCAUCUGCUGGGUUUUGGAACCGAUUCUGUAAUGGUUUGACACUCAAGGAUUGA